AUGCCGACAAAUCCAGCUGUUGAUUCCGCCACUUGGUACUUAGCCCCUAGAGAGGCCGUCUACGUGCGCAACUAUGGCGUAGGAGACAAAUGGACACCCAGCAAGGUGAAAUCGAUGAGUGGAGCCCGUCACGUCACUGUGGAAACUGAGGAUGGCGUCGUUCGACGACAUGUCGACCAGAUGCGCAAACUUUCAGCGAACACAGAUGCAAGCAGAGAAGUACCGACCGCAGAAGAACCACCUUAUAUGACCGGAGAGGCACUGAAAUACGAGGCUGACGACCUUUCUGAAAGCCCUGUACCCGAGCUACGUACAUCCACAAGAAUCCGAAAGCCAGUGGAACGCUACGGCUACUAG